CGGAGGAGAAGCAGCUUCAGACACUCCUACCUGAGCAUGUUGACCUGAUUCAAAAUGGACGACCCGACCAACAGCAGCGUGGCUCUAACAGACUACUUCCUGGCUAGUGACGGCCUGGACUACGAGAUUCCUCUGGACGAGAUCCCGGACACCACGCAGGGCCGGGCCUUCUUUGUAGCCAUGAUCGUCAUUGCUGUGGUCCUGGUGGGUAUCAUGUUGGUCUGUGGCGUUGGAAACUGUCUGUUCAUCGCCAGCCUCGCCCGCUACAAGCAGCUCCGCAACCUGACCAACCUGCUAAUCGCCAACCUGGCCGUGUCCGAUGUGCUGGUGGCGGUGGUGUGCUGUCCCUUCCUGCUAGACUACUACGUGGUGAAGCAGCUGUCGUGGGAUCACGGCCUGCUACUCUGCGCCUCCACCAACUACCUGCGCACCGUCUCUCUCUACGUGUCCACCAACGCCCUGCUGGCCAUUGCUGUGGACAGGUACAUGGCCAUUCUCUACCCUCUGAGGCCUCGUAUGAAGCACCAGACGGCGUACUGCGUGAUCCUGACAGUCUGGAUCGUCCCCAUCUUCAUCUCCAUCCCCUCGGCCUACAUGGCCUCUGAGACCAAGUACCCACAUGUGGAAGGUCGCACCCACAAGACCUUCUGUGCUCAGAUCUGGCCCGUGGACCAGCAGAUCUACUACCGCUCCUACUUUCUCCUCAUCUUCGCUCUGGAGUUCAUGGGCCCGGUGAUCGUCAUGGCCGUCUGCUACAUCCAGAUCUCCAGGGAGCUGUGGUUUAAGAACGUUCCAGGUUUCCAGACGGAGCAGAUCCGGAAGAGGCUUCAGAGGCGUCGGAGGACGGUGGUGGUGCUGAUUUUGGUGCUGGUCGCCUACGUCCUGUGCUGGGCGCCAUACUACGGCUUCGCCCUGCUGCGGGACUUUUACCCCACCCUCAUAUCCAGGGACAAGAACUCCCUGGUGGUCUUCUACAUCAUCGAGUGCAUCGCCAUGAGCAACGGGGUCAUCAACACCUUCUGCUUCAUGAGUGUCCGAAACAACACCAAGCGCCUGAAGAAGGCGGGCAAGUUCCCGCUGAGGCUGAUGACCUUUGUGACCGCCAAGUCGGUGGAUGAAGGGGAGGUACGCACCUCCUCUCUGCGAGUGACGGAGGAUGCGGAGGGAGCUCGGUUGAAGUAGAGGUCAAACAUCUGACAGCUCAAACAGCAUGCUGGAUCUCCUGCAGCUCAAACUUUCAGAACCACAUCAACGAGGCACAAAAUGGGAAAUCUCAACCUGUAUUAUGGCAAGAUGGCGGCAUUGUCAAUGUGUGUAACGGACAUAGUUCAUCAUUUGAAGCCAAAAACAGUGGAGUCAUGUUUGUAGCUCUGUUUCUGAAAAGCUGGACAGUUUGUAGAAAUGCUGGAUGUUAACGUUGGUUCACCUCAAGCAGAGAUGUUCUGAUCGUGGGUAGAUAAUAAACAAAGGUUCGAUGAAGAACAUAUCUGGAAGAUACAGACUGCUGCUGGACAACAAGUAAAAAUGUUUGUAUUCCUUCCAUAAGGUCUGGUGUCUUUCAUGGAGACACAAGCACACCUGCUGUUUUUGUUCAUGUUAGUGCAAAAUGCAAAAGAUACUGGUUGACGUGGAAUAUAAACCUGAGGGUGUGCUGAGUAAUAAAUACACUUUUCAGCAAUCGCAUCACUGGUCUGAUCGCUCUGGGGCGAGACUCCCUGAAAACUUUGUAUUUCAUCUGGUUUGCAGGACGCAGCGGUCACAUUUUGGUCACAUUUUGGUGAGCUCUGUGACCAUGUCAGCCUGUUCUCUAAGUGCACAUCCAUACUUUAUAUCAUAUCCUGUGUGCACCUUUUAAGAAUACAGAAAAAAACCCUGAUGAUUAAAAUGAGAAGUUGGACUGUGUGUCAAAGUGUGGAAUAGUUGUAUUUCUAAAGCUUGGAAAAUUAGUAGUUAGUUAGUAAAAUGUAUACAGUCAAUCA